CGUCCAUCGUUUCAAUCAUCCUACGAUCUAUCUAUACCGUCGGCUGAAGUACGUCCUCUCCUGAAUCGGGGAACAGCGACUUCUGUGAUUCCUCCACUCACCUAAACCCUAACUUCUUUGUUAGCGUCGACGAAACCGCCGGCGAUUUCUUCUCGGCGACUGUUACUUGAUACCGCUACAUAUCUACUCCGAUGCAAGGGGAUAAUCCAGCGGAACCGCCGUAUACGACGGCGGUAUCUACUGGACAGGGUAUCUCCGUCCGUCCUCCUCCAAGUGGUCCAGUCUUGGCCAACGCUUCGAGCGUCUCUCCAGGCAUUCAAUCGGAGCUGAAGGAGCAACCCUCUAUGUCUAUUGCUAAUACAGGUUUUGUCUCUCAGUCUGUUCCGUCUUCUGUUACUGCACAAUGGAGUUCCAAUGCAGCUGCCUCAUCAAAUGUUAAUCCGCCCAUGCUACAAAAUCUGCCUUUUGGUCGACCAGGAACACUCGCCCCUCCUGGACUAAUGAUAUCUCCGCCUGCUUUUCUUGGUUCCAACCCUUUUUCUACAACUCCAAGACCCGGGAUGUCUGGAGGUCCUCCGCAAGUCAACCCUUUUAAUCGUCCCCACAUGUAUCCUCCAUAUCACUCACAGCCUACAAUGCCUGGAGCGCCUCAAGGAGUGUGGUUGCAGCCCCCUCCUAUGGGUGGUAUUCCCAGGGGACCAUUUCUAUCACGUCCUACUCCCUUUCCUGGUUCAUAUCCAUUUCCAGUUCGUGGAAUCUCUCCUAACGUACCAUAUUCUGGUUCUCAACCUCUUGGUGCCAUUCCUAUGGGAAGUGUUGGCAACGUUCAUGCAUUACCAGGUCAUCAGCUUGAUAAAUCUCCCGGACAAACAGAAGCACUCUCAGGAAUCGAUGACAGAGCUGGGACUCAACCAGUAGGGAAUCGGUUGGAUGCCUGGACUGCACAUAAAUCAGAAACAGGAGUAGUUUACUAUUAUAAUUCCGUUACAGGGCAAUCGACCUACGAAAAGCCUCCUGGUUUUGGAGGGGAGCCUGAUAAAGUGCCGGUGCAGCCAAUUCCUGUUUCUAUGGAGAAUUUACCUGGGACGGAUUGGGCUCUUGUGUCCACAAAUGACGGCAAAAAGUAUUACUACAACAAUAAAACAAAGGUUAGCAGUUGGCAAAUUCCGGCAGAGGUGAAAGAUUUGGAGAAGAAACCGGAGGAGAGGGCUGUGGAGAGUUUAGCUUCUGUGCCUAGUACUGAUUUAACUGAAAAGGGUUCUGACCAAGCAAGUUUGAGCGCACCUGCUAUUAGCAAUGGAGGCCGGGAUGCUGCAUCUCUAAAAACUACAAAUUUUGGUUCGACUGCACUGGAUUUAGUGAAAAAGAAACUACAUGAUUCGGGAGUGCCUGUCUCAUCUACGACAACAUCUGAAGCAAAUGGUGGUAAAGCAAUUGAGGUCACACCAAGUGGAGAAAGUGGAAACGGUUCGGGUAAGGUAAAAGAUGCUCCUGAAGCUGGUGACCUUUCUGAUUCUUCUUCAGAUUCCGAAGAUGAAGAUAGCGGACCAUCGAAGGAAGAGUAUUUCAAACAGUUUAAGGAAAUGCUGAAAGAGAAAGGAAUAGCACCGUUUUCUAAAUGGGAGAAGGAAUUGCCAAAAAUUAUCUUUGACCCUCGCUUUAAGGCAGUACCAAGUCAUUCUGUUAGAAGAUCUUUGUUCGAGCAGUACGUAAAGACACGCGCUGAAGAAGAACGUAGGGAAAAGCGUGCUGCUCAUAAGGCAGCUAUUGAAGGUUUCAGGCAGUUGCUGGAUGAAGCGUCUACGGACAUUGAUCAACACACUGAUUAUCGUACUUUUAAAAAGAAAUGGGGGAAUGAUCUCCGGUUCGAAGCACUUGAGCGGAAGGAACGGGAGGCUUUGCUGAAAGAAAGAGUCCUUUCUUUGAAACGGACUGCUGAACAAAAGGCACAAGAAAUUCGCUCAGCUGCUGCCUCUGAUUUUAAGACAAUGCUACGUGAAAGAGAAGUACCAAUAAAUUCACAUUGGUCCAAGGUGAAGGAUAGUCUGAGAAAUGAACCAAGAUAUAGAUCCGUUGCGCACGAGGACAGAGAGGUUUUUUAUAAUGAAUACAUUGCUGAGCUAAAAGCUGCGAGAAGGGGAGAUGAUCAUGAGAUGAAAGCCAGAGACGAAGAGGACAAACUGAGAGAACGGGAGCGUGAGUUGCGGAAACGCAAAGAAAGAGAAGUGCAAGAGGUGGAAAGAGUACGACAAAAAAUUAGAAGGAAAGAGGCAAGCUCCUCUUAUCAAGCUUUGUUAGUGGAAAUAAUCAGAGACCCUGAGGCAUCCUGGACGGAAUCUAAGCCAAAACUUGAGAGGGAUCCGCAAAAACGCGCCUCUAAUCCAGAUUUAGAUCCUGCUGAUAAAGAGAGGCUAUUCCGUGAUCACGUAAAGUCAUUGUAUGAGCGAUGUGUUCAUGACUUCAAAGCUCUUCUUGUUGAAGCCUUGUCAUCUGAAACUGCUUCUCAACCAACAGAAGACGGGAAGACUGUUCUUAAUUCCUGGUCAACGGCUAAACAAGUGCUAAAACCCGAUAUCCGCUACAGCAAAAUGCCGAGGGAUGAUAGGGAAGCCUAUUGGCGACGAUAUGCUGAGGAUAUCUCGAGGAAACAGAAACAAGAAAACUAUCAAGAGGAGAAACAUAGAGAUUACAAGACCUAGAAAACCGUAGAUCAAUAGGCUUGAUAUGUUGUGAAAAUAGAUUCUGUCAUGUUGGUUCUUUUCCUGUCUAAGUUUUGUUUUGAUUAACUGAAAAAAAAAAGUUUACUUCGUUUGAUGUUUUCUACUAAAUUUUUCUGAACAGUAUUGUGUUUUUUAGUCAAAAUAUAUGAUUUGGUAAGAUCUUAAGAUUUGUUUUUGCUUU